UCGGUUGAAGGAGGAUGAGAGAAAUGAGAGAGCUAUACGGAAUCUUCUGAAACUUCCUGAGAAUCGGAGGUGUAUUAACUGCAAUAGUUUGGUACUGUGUCCGUUUGUUUCUGCCUUUUUGUCGGAUUUUGUACUCCAUUGAUGUAUCAGUGAUCUAAUUUUGAUGUUAAGUUACUUGCGAUUCUAUUCUAUUGAAGGCUGCAGUUUCUUUAAAUAGAUUAUUUUACUCCCCUUGUCCCUUGAGUCAUGACACAAUUAAACUCCGACUCAAAGUCUGAAAUGAUUAAGAAUGUAUAUUUUGCAAGUAAAAUUGAGAACAAUUUAUUGGGACCUCAGUAUGUGUGCACAAGCUUUUGGACGUUUGUUUGCACAACUUGCAGUGGCAUACAUCGCGAGUUCACUCACAGGGUAAAAUCAGUGUCAAUGGCCAAGUUUACAUCACAAGAAGUUAGUGCCCUUCAAGGAGGGGGAAAUGCGAGUGCCAAGGAAAUUUAUUUUAAAGAAUGGGAUGCCCAACGCCAAUCCUUCCCUGACAGCAGUAAUGUUGAGAGACUUCGUGACUUCAUCAAGCACGUCUAUGUGGAUAGAAGAUACUCUGGUGAGAGAACCUCUGAAAAGCCUCCAAGAGCAAAAAUGGGGGAAGCAGAAGACACGUAUCAAGGAGGUUCUAGAAGCCCACCCUAUGAGAAUGAGCGUCGUUACAGUGAUAGGCCUAGUCCUGGUGGAAGAAGUGACGGAAGUUCCAGAAAUAGCUAUGAUGAGAGACGCAGUCCAGGGUAUGACCAAGAUUUCAGGAAAAGUCCUGCCCGCACAGAUAUUGUUAAUGACUGGCGACGAGAAGAUAGAUUUGGGAAUGGAAGGAGAUCUGAAGAUGGGAAAAUUUCUGAUGGAGGUUCCAAGGUUGGAGGUAGGUCUCCUGAUAGCCAAAGAGAUCCAGAAAUGUCUAGCCCUCCUAUAGUUAGACCUGUUAGGGAUAUACUAGGAGAGAGUGUCUCUCCUCUUCGGGUUAUAGAACCUCCAAGAGCCAGUGGUUCGAGGCCAGCAGAUGGUUCGCUGCAAACGCAGAGAACUGUAUCUUCCAGUAGCUUAGCAUCUUCUAAUGGGAAUCCAACUGAACUUAGAACAGAAAGUUCGUUAAUUGAUUUUGAUGCUGCUGAUCCUGAACCUCCUUCAACGGCACCACUGCCACAAACACAACAAAAUGCGCCUUCUCCUGCUUCAUUCAUGGCUCAGCCAACAAUAUCAUCAAAUACUAAUUGGGCCAACUUUGAUUCAGCUCCAGUGGUAAAAGCUUCUCAACCUCCUUCAAGUGCCAACUUGCUUGACGUACUUUCGGAGUUGUCAGUUCCUUCAUCAUUACCCGGUGGUCUUGGUGCUCCAGUAACUGCACCUGGAACUUCGUUGCUUCCAUCUGGUAACAAUCCACUAAUUGCAAGUGUACAAAUGUCACCUUUUGGUACACCUGCUCCUGCUGUUACACCAGCAUCGACAUUUAUCCCUGGAAGUGGUUCAGCAGGACCAUCAUUUAAUGCCUUUCCCAACUCGGCUGAUGGAGGGCACUGGCAAAAUAUGCAUCCUCAACAAAAUUUUCUCCCUGCUACUGUUAUCCAGCCUCCUACGUCAUUUAACCAGGCUGUUGGUGGAUCUUCGAAAAAUCAGCCAUGGAAUUCUUCUCUUACUGGAAACAUCCAAGUGCCUUCUAGUGCUCCAAGUGCAGAUUCGCAAGUUACAUCCAGCAUUGAGGCGAAACCUGCUUCUAAACAAGAACUACCUGCGGAUUUAUUUACUUCAAGCUAUUCACCCUUUGCUGCUCAAGGUCCAGGCUGGUACCCUGCUCCACAAUUUGGGAUGGGAUAUAACAUGCAAUACAAUAUGCCAACGCAACCCAUGCCGCCAGCUUUUGUGCAGCCAUCAAAAUCAUCAAAUCCAUUUGAUGCCAAUGAAUCACCUGCAGUUCAAGCUUCAACAUUCCCUUCAAUGGCGGCGUUGCAAGGUGCUUUACCAAAUAUGGGACCUCCAUCGGGUCAUAUACAGCAGCAGGCUACCCCUUCACCAAUGUGGAUGCCCCCUCAAUCUUCUCAUCCUUUAGCAAUGCCGUCUCAGGGCCUGCCAUCAUAUCCAUCAUCAAUGCCUUCUGGUCCAUUCAUGGGGCAAGUACCUCCGAACAUCCCACCUCAACCCAGUUUUGGAUACGAUGCGACAUCUUUUGGUUCCUUGAACACCAGCAGCAAUCAACAGCAAAGUGGAUUGUUUGGAGCACCAAACACCUUCUCUUCUUCCAACCCAUUUGGGUGAAUCAGAUAGCAAGAACCUUGCAAUAGUUAAAGUAUAUAUACAUAUAUGCAUCAUUAAUUGGGUUUGGGGGGAAAAAUCCGUUGGUCAGUCGGUUUGUUGUAGAUGAUGAUGAUGAUGUUUGUCGACGAUCGAAUGUAGGUGUGGUUUUUUGGGGGGUUGUUUAUGUAACAACCAGUGGCUAUGUUGUAAGAAGGUUAAAAAAAUGGAGGUUGGGGAGGGAGAAGGAUG